AUGUCCAAGUCUUCGCCCUCGCACUCAACGACUAUUCGACCAGCAGACACGACGUUCGUUGCUGGCAGCAGCCACAUGGAAACCUCGGCGCACACCGAUGUGCCGCACCCGCUGCCAGCGCACAGCAUGGUAUCUAAAUCCUCGUCUGCCAUACGGAAAAGGUUAGAAUAUGAGCGCGCUAAAGAAAUGGCUAAGAUUGACAAGCAUUUGUUAGAUUUGAAGUAUGAGGCUGAACUAGCCGACCUAAAGUCAGAAAAAUACAGUUUACACCAAAGUGGUAAAAGCUCACGUCACAGUUCCCGCGUAACCGACGCCAGUAAGAGCACUCGUCAAAAUGUUGAAGACUGGAUGGAGCGUAGCGCGCGAGAACUUGAUCCGUUGCUGCCCGCCCCCGAGGAUGAUGAUAACCUGGGCGACCGCAACCAGCCGGCACCUCCCCUCGCCGACUCUAAUGGUACUAUCAAGCUACUCGCAGCCGCAGUAAAGAAUUUGACGAUCGCCUCCACUAAAGAUAAGUCACAUGCCAACAUUUUGAGCCGCAUAUGUACGCCGCGAGAUUUACCGAAAUAUUCCGGCGAUCCGCUCGAAUGGCUGCAAUUUAAACAAGCGUUUGAGGAGUCAACUGACGUUUGUAAAUUUACCCCGAAGGAAAACUUAUGGAGAUUACGUAAGUGUCUGCAAGGACAAGCAAAAGAAACCGUGUCAGCCCUGCUUAUGACCGCCGCCUCUCCUGAUCGUAUUAUGGCGACACUUGAACUUCGUCACGGCGACCCCGAAUGUAUUAUAAGCAGACUCAUUCAUGACAUUAAGAAGCUUCAGACCAUGUCCCAAGAGUACCAGAAAGAUAUUGUCAAUUUUUCUGUCAAAGUUCAAAACUUUGUGGAGUCUGUGAAGGCAGUGGGGCGCGAGGAGUACGUGCAAGGGCUUAGCAUUGUCCCAUUGUUGAUUUCCAAACUACCUCCAGUACUCGUUUCAAAGUGGUCGGACUAUAGCUAUCCACUUAUCAAGGACGGAGCAAAGUCACGUUUGAAUAUUAUGUCCGACUUUCUCAACAUGGAGGCUCUCAAGAUUGCCACGACCGCCAACGUUCAUCUACAAAGUUAUCGCCCUGAGCAGAAUAAACAAAAGCAACACGAUACUACUACUAAAGUUGCACCGAAAGCGCAAGCAAUUUUAUUGCAAACUGACCAACGCGACGACGAAGGGAAGAACGAUAAGUGCCUCUUUUGCCGCACUCAAUGUCACAAGUUGCCUGACUGUAAGAAGUUUAAACGCGCUUUACGUAAAGACAGAUGGCGCCACGUUAAGAAGUACGGACUUUGCUACAAAUGCAUAUCGCAACGCCACGAUCGUGAGACUUGUUCUGCGCCUGCGUGCGACAAGGACGGAUGCGGAGGUGCACACCACAGUCUAUUGCACUACGUAGACAUCAGCAAAGAUGGCAAAGCUUCCACUUCGCGCCCGGUUGACGUUAACGUCAGCGCCUUGCCGCAGCCCGAGUCAACCUCAGUCACGGAGUCACCAUCGAGUUCCACAAUACAGUCAUCGUCUGUAACUGAAGCUGCGACGUGCUCUAUAAAUACUGAAAAGCGCGUACUAUUGAAAGUAGUUCCUGUCAACAUUCACGGACCGAACGGCGUGUUUAGUACGACUGCAUUUUUGGACGACGGGUCUUCAGUUUCGUUAUUCAGCUCCGAGUUAGCAGCGCGCGCCGGCCUCACCGGCCGCAACGAAUCCAUGCGCGUGUGCGGCGCCUGGAAAGACGACGAGCUUGUGCACGAAGCAACUGUACUGACUUUACGUAUUUCUAGUGCUAGUGGUAGUAUACAUGAUUUAAAUGUACGUAGCGUUCAACAAUUGAGUAUACCUGUACAAAAUGUUAACUUAGUAGACUGCGACAAGUAUGAGCAUUUGAAAAAACUUAAAACUCAACUUCCUUUUGCUAAGAUUUCUAAGCCAGAGUUGUUAAUAGGUCAGGACAAUUAUAAUUUACUUGUACCUUUAGAAGUAUGCUUAGGGCCUGAUAACGAACCGUCAGCUACACGCACCCCCUUAGGUUGGUGUGUCCAUGGGCCGGUACAUGUGCCGCGCGCGUCGCGGGCCGCACGAUCAGCGCACGCCACGCUCAACCUCUGCGUGGUGCCUGAGGAAGACGCCGUCGCGCACGCACUGCGUGAGCUACACGACGAGGUACGCCGCUCGUUUGCGAUCGACUCUUUGGGAGUUGCAGGUAAGCCUAGAGAGAAUGCUGACGAUGUGAAAGCGCAGGAAAUGUUAGAAAAGUCUGCAGUGCUCACCAACGGCAGGUGGUCAGUGGGUCUUCCGUGGAAAGAUCCGCACGUCAGCUUGCCCGAUAGUUACCCUAGCGCAUUUAAGCGGCUACAGGGUGUAGAAAAGAAAAUGCUAGCUGAUAAAGCUUAUGGACUCAGGUACGAGGAACGUGUCAACCAUUUGUUUGAAAACGAUUUCGCACGGGAAAUGGCCGACACGUCACUCACGCCUAACACAUGGUACUUGCCACAUUUCGGAGUUGACAAUCCGAACAAGAAGAAGCUGCGUUUGGUUUAUGACGCAGCAGCUAAAAGUCAAGGCAAGUCUCUAAAUGACUUUCUUCUGACGGGUCCGGAUUUACUCGUUUCCUUGUUCGGCAUUAUGACCAGAACACCCUCAGAUUCCUGUGGCGAGGUAGGAACCCCACAGGCCCAGUGA